AUGCGGCGGGGCGGCUGGCAGCACCGCGCGUCGUCGCCGGGCAAGAGCGGCAAACCGGGAAGCCUAAACAAUUCCAACGCCUCCGCCGUCAGCUCUGGAAAGUCGACGACAUCGACGCCGGCGUCUCAAUCUGGAGUCUCCAUCCGGACACUGAGCAGCAGCGCCUCCGUGUCGUCGGCGGAAGGCGCCGCCGCCGCGUGGACGCCGGGUUCGAGAGGCAAGCCCGAACCGCCCGGCGCCAAGUCGUCCAGUCUGCCGAGCACUCCGCGAGCCGAGCAGCCGUCCAAGGCUUCGCUGGCGGCGGCAGAGGUGGAGGCGGCCGCCGAGGUGGAGGCCACCAAGGCGACGGCUCGCGCGGAGGUGUCGCUAGCUGCCGCGGCGGAUCUGGCGCGCUCGCUGCUGCGGAGCUCUGAGGCAGGCGAAAAAGAAAAACAAGCGCCGCGCGUCUCGUGA